AAGUAUUCAUGUGUUGAAAAGGUAUAUUUUUGGAUUAUUUUGGAUAAAAGAAUAUGGUCAGAUCAUAAUAACGUACAGUUGUGAAAUGUAAUGUCUAGUCAUGGCUGCUGCUCAACCCGGAACAUCAUCUUCGGCGCAGGCAUCAGACAAUCGUAUCUUCCUAUUCCGCCUUCAAAUGCUAAUUAUAGAUGGUGGACUUGCAGUUUUAAGAAAUUAUGUAGAUCAGGAACUUUCAGCUCAAUCCAUUACUCUCAGUGGAUGUCUUGCAAACGAAAAGACCACUAUCAAACUUUUGAAGGGACGUGGGAUAAUAACACAGGUACAAUAUGAUUUAUUGUAUCCAACAAGUGGCACUGUUUCAACGUUAGAGUUGGACAUCACACUUAUCAUUUGUCUCAUGAGAAACCUAAAAUGUUUCAAGUUAAAUAAAAAGUUUAAUUGGAACAUUUCACCAGGACAAAGUGAUACUUCCAUCGAAGCAGACAUUUGUAGACUGAAGAAUUACAGGAAUGAAAUUUGUCAUAUAUCGACCACUACAGGGAUACAAUAUAACAAUUUUAGUACCAAGUGGAAAGAAAUCGAACAGAUUCUUCUUAGAAUUGAUAAGGUGUAUCCAAUCAAAGACUUUAAACAGACAAUAACUGACUUUGAAUACAGCCCUCUUGAUCCAAAAACAGAACAGAGGGUAACAGAUGAAAUUGAAAAAUGGGAAAAACACGAUAAAGCAGUAGAAGCUGUCAUAGAGUUUCUAAAAGCUGGUCAUAAUAAGACAACUGAAGACUUAAAUACUGUUAAAACUAAAAUAGAUGAAAUAGAAGAACGAUUGCCAGCACCACACAAGUCUUCAAAUAUGCAAGAUGAAAGAAGGCAGGAAAACAGAAGGAAGGGGAAUCUUUUUCUGAGGUUUUUUGAGAGGAGACGUUAUCGCCAUAAGAAAAAAAAACUUCAAGGCGACCUCAUUAAAUUCUACAGAAACAAUUGUGGUUCGAUACCUCUCUCACCGCUCCUGGAAGAAGUAGACACACCUCUUGCUGGAUUCUACGUGAUGCCAGAUAUAGUCGCCAUUCAACAAAAGUCCCCUUCAAGUGACAAGGAGGUGAAAACGCCUGUCAAAUCUUUAAGUGACCUGUUUUCGGUUGGACGCGGUAAUCAGCAAGAAAUAUAUUUAUCAGCAGACGCAGGCUUUGGAAAAACUGCUUUUUCAAAAUACCUUGCAAUCACGUGGUGCCAGGCUCAUCAUAAAGACAAAAACUACAGAUGUUUUAAAUAUGAGGAGUUAAAAGCUUUAUCUGACUUUGAGUUUCUAUUUUUGGUUUUAUUAAGAGAUUGUUCUGAUAUCUGUAGCAUAGACAAAAUGAUUGAGCAACAAAUUAUUGAACAACUUCCUACGUCAGUAUCAAUAGAAAGAAUUUUACGUAAAGAAACGUGCUUGAUUAUAUUAGACGGUCUUGAUGAAUGGACCCACCCUGAAAAUGGCUGUUCCAGACGAAAUGAAAAAAUCCCACAUCGGUACAUGCGUGAUAAGUGUGUUAUCUUAACGACUUCGCGUCCAUGGAAACUUGGAGUAUCAAAUCUAAAAACAAGUCAGUUAAACAAGAAAAUAGAGUUGGUUCAACUUAGUGAAGAUUCUACGUUGCAACUUGAGAAAAAUGCUUUAAGUAAAAUGACUGGUGUUCCUGAUGGUGACGAAUUGAUGAGUAAAACACGGGACUUAAAUAAAGUGAUAGAUGACUGUGGCCUUCAGCACAUGCAAACAAUUCCACUCCUCCUCAUGUUUAUAACUUGUCUUUGGUGCAACGGAAUUCCCAUAGGAAACUCGAAAUUAGAUGUUUACACCAAAAUAAUUGAAUUUCUUUUAUCAAGAACAGCAAAGAAAUACCCGGAAAUUCAACCAUCUUGUGACUCUUCUGCAAGCGAUAUACCAGAAUAUUUCAGAAACCACAACUUUAUUAAAACAUUUUACUCUCUUAUAAAAUCAUUAUCAGAACUAGCUUAUCAAACAUUAUUUAAUGAAACAAAAGAAAACACGCUUGUUUUCGACGGAUCGGUUGCUAAAACAUACCUAAAAGCAGACGACAUGAAAAUAAGCCUUUUCUCAGGAAUAUUAUCAGAAAGUAGGACUAAGACAUUAAUAAAAGAAAUAACUAAAGUGUCAUUUUCCCAUAAAACAGUUCAAGAAUACUUUGCCGCCAUAUUUAUAAGUUAUCACAGUGACGCUCAGAAAAUUAUUAUGGAAAAAUGUAGAAAUGUUCAAGACAUUCUAGACAUGUCAAUAGUUUGGAAAUUGAUAAUUGAAAUGAAUGCUGACUUGAUGUAUGCAAUAUCAAAUGAUUUGAUGUCUGUGAUAAAUGAAGACGCGAUAACACGUGAACAAAGAACUUGGACAGGUUACAAGUACAUGUACCAGACUCCAUUGUAUAACAUACAGAAAAUGUUCAUGUCGUGUAUACAAGAAAUGCCUGAAAGUGAAAAUAUUCAAUUAUCUUUACAAGAUUUCUUCAUUGACUGGCGCACCAAGCACAGUGAGCAGUUACAACGCUUGUCAAAACAAAACAAAACCAACAUAAAAUCACUUUAUAUAGACAUCCGCGAUACUUUCAGGAGUUUAUGUGAAAUUAUAGAUGUGUUCUCUCUCACAGAUCUCAGUCAUAUACAGAAACUUUACUAUGAUGGUGACGGGAAGGAGGAGGCUAUGAUAAGUCGGAUAUUGUUUCCCAGUUUACAGUCCGUUACUUUGUCGUCUGGUAAAUGGCCAAAUGAUGAUGAAAAUCUGGGUGAAAAUUUGGCGCGAUUACAAAACUUACAAUAUUUAUAUAUUGAAUGGUUCAUGUUAUCUCACAAAAUACUGGAAACAUUUUCCAAUUUUAUCUCAGGUCAAAAAUCAAUGAAAGAGUUAACAUUGCGGAGGUUUUCCUGUAAAGAACAUGGCUACCGCCUCUAUGAUUGUAAGAGAUGGAACUUGGACUUGUCUCAACAUUUAACUCUAUCAAAGUUAAACUUGUACAAGUUAUUUGGGAGGCUACAAUUAAAUAUAUCAACACCGUCAUUAGUUAAUGUUACAUUGAACUACAUCAAUCUAGAUGAAAGUUCAGUGCUACUGUCAUGUGACAUGUUGAAUAUUGAACGUGUGGAGUUGCAGGAUAUAAGCAUGUCUGAAGGAAGUUUACAGAACUUUAUUACCGUGCUGGACAAUCUACCGCAGUCAGUUACAGUAAAGAUGGCCGACAUAGAACCGGAAACAGAAUAUAAACGUAUUAAAGAAAAUAUUCGGAGAUCACAAACUUUUCAUGUGAUACAAGACCACGGCGACUACUGGCGGGGGGCAUUUGAGUUCAAAACAAGGAAACCAAGUAAAGAAUAAACAAGAAAAAAUAUUGUAAAAUAAACCUGAAGAAAUUACUUCAAUAUUUUGAAAUGAAAACAAUUAAACAACAGAAACUUAAAAUACAAAAUGACCGCACUGGCGAUUGAUGAAAAUGUACUGUUUGGUAAUAAGUAAAUAAACAAUAACUAUAUUUAUAAAUUAUCAUUUAUUUAAUUACAAGUGUUUCUAAAAAAAUCUUUCAAAAGAAAGAAUUAAUUUACCGAAAUAAUUCACGGUAUGUGAUGGAUAUAAAAGUUGGAUUAGGAAAUGGAAAUAUUUCACAGGAUAUCAGCUACAAUCAAGAAAUCUUCAGGGAUAAUGGCGAAUAAACUACGAUUGUUUAAAAUAAUGAUUUUACUCCUGUUUCCUGGCUUUACAGAAACAGAACCACAAGAAAACACUUCGUGAUUUUGAACCACCAUUACCUUGUAAAUGAUUUUGAUUCCUGGCUUCAUGGAAACAAAAUCGGUAGACACAAUAUUCAAACUGUUGCAGUACCUGUUUUCUACACAAAAAAGUUUUUUUUACCUUUACAACGGAAUUUAUGCCAAGACCGCUGUCAAAUAUUUAAUAGCUACUUAGAAUUUACGGUGGCGAAAAGAGGACAAUAAAAAUAUUUAAUUUGUCAUGUGUGUUCGUUUACGUAUGACGUGGCAACGUGUUAAUUAUGAUGUGUGCACAUAAUUGUUUAUACCAUCGCACGUGUUUGUAUUACAUGGAGACGUUUAAACUUACGUGCAUACACAUAGGUAUCAUGUGCACUGCAUUAUUCUUACGCGCGCUCGAAAAAACUCAAAUUUGCUCACGCGUUGACGAUCGUUGUUGAAAAGAUAGUGAGCAUAAGUACACAUUAUAGUUAACAAACGUGCGUUUAAAGAGUCAUAUGUGCCCACGUAAUUAUCAACAUUUGCGCGCAUAUAAGUUACUUACUGAAAACGUUGCAACGUAAUAAAAAAAGUGAAAACUUGAUUAAAGGCCCAUUAUGCCGGAGAAAUGCUUGGCUUAUUUUUUGAACAAUCUUUUUCAUUUGUUGCUUCUUGACAAUUAGUAGAGUUAUACUGAUUUAGUAUUUUGUACUAAGUCAAAAUACUACAUUGUUAAAAUUUAGCUACUUUCAUGGCAAAUUAUUCCACAAUUAUGUCUACUUCUUUUCAGGUUUAAAGCCUCUAACCUUAAUUCAUUAUUUAAAUGCUAUAAAAUCAUACCCUUAUAAAACGUUUUUUCUUUUUUUAUCUGACACAUAAUGUGCCAUUAAUAGAAUAUUUCGAUGUCUGACUCAGAUGUAUGCCACCCUUAAACACUUUGAAAACACAAAUGAAACUGUUGUGUGAAUAACGCUUUUAACUCAGAAAGACAGAUUGAUAUAUUUCCAUUUAUGUCCACAUUGAAAAAAAAACCAGCAUAUUGUCUGUCAUUUAAGAAUGAAAUUACGAAACAAUUGUAAGACAAAGUAAUGAAGAAUUUGUAAUUAUUGUUAUUAAUCCUGACAGAAUGAUAUGUGCAUAGAUGUAUUGCUUUUAAGGUUUUCUACUCUAUUUUGUUAGGUACAAAAGAUUGUUUAUAUAAUACAUUCAUAAACAGAGGGUCAAUGCCCUUUUUACGUGUAUAAGCACAAGACAGCAUUUGAAGCUUGAGUCUGUAGGGCGAGAUAUUAAAGAAAGUCCGAUGCCCUCUGCAGAUGUUCAUGUUCGAAAAAGGUACAUAGUUUUGUUUCGUGACGUAAUUCGACAAAACCGGUGUUGAUUUAGUUUAAAGAUAUAUUAUGCUCAACUUUGAUAUUUGGUAACAUUAAUAAUUAUUGCUAUACACUCUUUUUUUAAAUGUAGAAUAAAACAUCUUUUGAAAUACGUUACGUUUUAAACUGUACACAAUUUAGAUAAAUGUAGUGUUAAUACAUAGUGUUGUCUUUUAAGAAAGAACCAAAUUAACCUGACCAGUAACCGGGUAAAUGCAUCUUUGAACAUUCUCUUGUUCAAAUUAGACAUAAUAAAUUAUAACUUCAUAGAUUUAAAAAAAACAAAUCUGCUAAACGUUUCUUACAAACGUGUGAGUAAAGUAUAUUUUGAAAGAAUAAUUUUUAUUUCAUAUAUCAAUAUUCUGAUAUAGCGCAUAUACUAUGUCAAUAGCUCAGAAGUAAUAAAUUACAAGGUUAUUAUGUUUAGAAGUAAUUAAUUAAAUAAUUCAUUUCUGACUAAGCUCAUAUUUCUGUAGUUGUUUUCUUUUUUAUUAAGAAAAUGGUUUUUGUAAAGGAAUCAAUAAUUCAUUGAGUGUUUCAAAAUAUUUAUAACAUUUGUUUUCUGAUUAUUGUACCAUACUUUAUCCUUUGUGUUUUUUAAAUAGCAGAAGAAUUUUUUAUGCUAUUGUUCUUUGAGAACCUAUUAUUUUUUACAAUAAUUUCUGUUGCUUGAACUUCAUAUUGUAAAUUGUUUAUUGCUGAAUUUUCUUUUACCCGAAGAGAUUUUUUACAAACUAUAUUGUAGUUUGCUCAAAUCUUUAUGUCUACAUAUGUCUUUUCCUGUAUAUAUAGAUCUAUUCUAACAACUUUGUACAUAAUCUGCUAUUGUUUAUUAUUUAUGAUCUUAUAAUUCAGGCUGUAUUUGAAUUUGUUUAUCUAGAUUCAAUUCUUUACUUUUGUAACGUUUAUGUUGAUUAUGAUAAGAUAAUCAUGACGUCUAUAUACGAGAAACUAAUAAUACUGCACGUUAGAAACAUUGCUUUUCAUUGGAUAUGCGUGACGUUUAUUUGGUUUUAAAAACACAAAUACUGUCAACAUAAGAAGAAAUCUCAAUUAUCUCUAAAAAAAGGAAGCAAGCCAGGAGUAUAAUAAACUCGUUAUAAAUCUUCCUGACAGGUUGUAUGACCAUAUAUAAACGGUUGUUUCCAAUAUAACUCUCGCCUAGCGGCUCUUGUUAUAUUUUUAAAAAAACGUUUAUAUACGGUUACAUAACCUGCAAAAUCCUGAUAACUAAUUAUGUAUAUAUUAAGAUGGUUGCAUAAAUGUAAUGUCGAAUUUCAUUGCAUAAUGACGUGUAUAUAGAUGUCUGUACAGAUAUACAUGCAUGUCUGUGUUAUAAUUGCAAUGUUCAGAGAACAGAAAAAGUCUAUGUUGUUCAAAUCAUAUUAAUGUAUGCUUUAGAAUUAUAGCAUUUUAUGAUAAUUAUUACCUUAUGGUUUCUAUUGCAUGAUUUGGUCUUUAAAAACUAUUCAGUUCAAAUACUCAAGAAGAUUUUGUAAGUAAUUCAAAUUUCACUCAAAAUCGUUUCAAUGUUCCUGUAUGUUUGUAUUUUGUAUUUACUGCAACAGGUAAAUAGUAGUGACUGCAUCUUCUGUUGAUCACAAAUGUUUAAUGAUAAUUAUAUAAAUUGUAGUUUUGAUUUUGAACAUUAUUAAAGCAGCACAACUUUAGAUAAAUACAUAUAUUAAAAAACAAAUCUUACAAACAAAUGAUAUGUGAAUUGUUUUCCGAAUCAUGUAACCUUUGAUUUUUUUAUACAAUUUAUGACUUCUAUUAAUUUUCUACACCAUUAUAAAGCAUCUAAGGACUGUAUUUCGACUUAAAGGCAGUCUUUACAUGAUUAGCAUAAUUCUUAAACACUUUGAUGCCUUUGACUAGUUUCGUAGACUAAACAUUUUUUUUUUACAAUAUUAAAAGAAAAUCUGCAGGUGUGCUGCUUUAAUACAUGUAUAUAUUUAUUAUUUUGGUGAAUCGGAUAUAAACUGUAAUUUGUGUGAUCUUGUUUUUUAAAUUGUUUUAUUGAAAUUUGUUUAAGUUAUAGGAAAACAGAAAAUCACUCCAUGUGUUCACGUAAAGAAAAAAUGAAUUCAUGUGCUCAUGUAAAAAAUGAAAAUCAUUUUAUGUGUUCAGGUCAAAAACAACAACAAACGAAAAUCAUUCGAUGUGCACAGAUAUAAACAUGAAGGUCAUAUGAUAUUAUGUGCGCAUGUCAAGAUUAUUAUACUUUAGUAAAACAUUAAGUUUUUAAAAAUAAAGUUACAACAUAAAACAUUCGGCUUUUCGGCCAAUUUGGUGACAUAGUGAUAUUAUACAGUGAGCCAAUCUUAUUAAGGAGAACAUUUUGUUUCAGAGAAGUUGCUUUAAGAAAUAGCUAGUUUUAUAAGCAACCACCAUUAUUUUAUUUGUAAUAUGAUUUUAUUAUCUGUAUUUAUUGACAUCCGGGGAAUAUUAAAUUGUCAGUGAUGAAGCUAUAUAUCAUAUAUUUGUGAAAUUUGGUUAAAAUCAUGUAAAUAUCCUGUUUUUAAAUGCACCUUAAUGUGUGGUAUUUAAACGCUCGAAAACUGUUUGAAAAAAUAUUCUAGUUAUAGUAUUCUUAUUUAUAAUUUUGUAUAAUUACAAAGUAAAAUAUAUUAAAUAAAAUUAUAUUAUGACUUAUUUAACAAACAAUCAAUUACCUUUAAAGGCACAUUAUGCAUCAGAAAUCAAUUUCUUUAUUUAGACCUGUCACAGGAAAAGAUAAUCAUGUAUAUGGCAAAUGAGUUUUUUUGUUUUUGUUUUGGAAAAUCAACUAAGAUAUAAAGUUUUAUAGAAAUAAAAAUAAUAGCAUUGAUGAAGAAUAAUAGAAUAAUGGACCUUUCAGCGCAUCUUAUUCAGUAAUUAUACGCCUACCGUACAAUUAACUUGUUAAGGUAUGAUAUGCUGGAAUCAGUUUGUCCAUCUGUCCAGUCAUAAAAAUAUUGUCAUGAGCAUAACGAGUUGUAAACUAGAAAUUCUUAGACAUCUACUUUAUCCAUUUAGAAGAAGUGAAGCUUUAUUCGAAACAUAUGAAUGUAUCAAAUAAGUAUUUAAUAAACAAAACUUAAGACUCUGAACUCUUUUUUGAAUAAUUUUGGAGUUAUGUUAUUGCUGUUUUUAAUGUUAAUGAAAAAUUUGUAUAUUGAGCAUAGGAACAUCAUUUUAUCAUCAACUUGAUAUAUGGUUACACCUUAUUGAAAUGAGUGCAAUGCUUAAAAUCAUGACUUUCAUGUGCAUAAUUUGAGUUAUUGCCCUUUGUAUUUAAUUCAAUUGUUUGGAAGUAUUGACAUGCAUUAGACAGAGUAGAGUAGUCUUAUUUUAGGAGAAGUACAUUAGUCAAGAACUAUGAGUCUAUAAUGCAUAUUUUGGAGUUACUGCCCUGGGUAUUUGUAAUUAUAAAUUACUUAAAUGCUCAAAAUCUUAAUUUUAAGUAACAUAAUUUUGGAGUUGUUUUUGCUUUUUGUAUUUUGUUUGAGUUUUGUCCGGAGCAUAACUCAGAAUGAAUAAGAAGUGAAUUUAUAACAUAUUGUAUUGUUUAAGAAAAUGACACAAAUUCAUGAAAAAUAAAAUUGUGUAACAUAA